AGUUUUUGUUAGUAUUGAGUUGUACACUAUAUCAACAACAUGGAAAUUGAUUUUGGAUUUGCAAGAACUGUGUACGGUGUUGCAUUACUGUUAAUGGUGUUCAUUACACUGCUUGGGUAUGCGGUGUAUUUUGGUGCUAUAUGGCGGAGCAAAACAUUGCAGACACGUCAUAUUUGGCUGACGUCAUUGGCGUGUGGUGACAUCAUAAUGAUGGUUCAUCUGAUCUUGGAAAGUCUGUCGAGCUUGGGCAUGGGGCAUCGACCUCGCCAGAACUUUGAGUGUCAGGUUGGGGCAUUGGUUGGAUUGUUCUCUGGUUACGUCACAAUCGCCAGUAUUACGUGGAUUGCCAUUGACAGAUAUUAUCGGCAGUGUAAACCAGAAAAAGUUGGAGUGAACUAUUGCUUCUAUGUGAUAAUAGUGUGGGCUAUGAGCUUCUUAGCAGCAAGUGGUCCAGCAUUGGGGUUUGGGGCUUAUGAGAGCGCGGAGGAAAAUACAGUCAAGUGUUUGAUUGACUUAAACAAAAAGGACACGAACUCACGCUUGUACAUAAUCCUUGUUUCUGCGGUUUGGUUUGUUUAUCCCUUCGUUAAAAUGAUUCUGUACAACAAGAAACUCGUGCAGGAAGCUAAAGAACCACAACCGAUGGCAUUUGCUGUCCCACUGACCUUCUUCCUCUGCUAUUUGCCGUUCGCCAUCUACGCUAGCUUAAAGAUCACCGUCGGGCUCCCCCCACUUAACUCCAUGGUCGUCGCCUCUAUCUAUAUGCUGCCUAAAGUAAUAUCUGUAGUGAACCCGUAUCUAUACAUGCGGUCAGACCCAGAAUUGCUAGCUGCUUGCAGACACGUUGUCGGUUUGACAGAUGGGAAAAAGGCAGUGUAACUUGGUAAUGACCUAAGAUAUAUAACUGGACGUUAUUUGGUGUCAUUGUAAUGUUUAUUUUUUGUUGAAAUAAAGUGUACGCAAGUA